UGUAAAUGUCACUAUAAAUUAGUUUGUCGUAUUGAUUUGCAAAUUAUUAAUUAUUGUGAUAUGAUUUUGAUUCGUGAAUCGGCGUUCUUGAUGCCCUAAUAACACUAAGAAACGAAUUAAACGAUAACCAUGUCUAAUAUGAACUACACGAUCCGUACUGAAGGCCAAACGAAAAUCAACACAUUAACAUGGACCGUGCCAAACUUUGUCAAUUUACUUGAAAACAAAUCUACAAGAGAGUUUCGGACGGACAAACUUGAGACUGUAGGUAAUGUAACGGGUUCCAGGUUUCAGUUAAAGAUUCAGUUCUUGGGCCGGGACAAUGACAUAAUUGAGAUUUACUACUUAUCACCAAAUCCUGUAUUUCUAAAAUCGAUACUCACAAUUUGUUUAAAACGUUUCGAAGAGCGUUCUAUUGUCAUAAAAGAGUAUCACACAGUGCAAGGGAACAAAUGGCAGUAUUUGGCAACAUUGUUCAAACGCGAUAUAGCUAGUUAUGAUGGUCGCGAUACAUUCCUUUUGAGCGAUGGCAGUUUGAGGCUAAAAUUUCAAUUUAUGGUCUCUAAUGACAUUAAAGUUGACAGAGCAAAUGUUCCUGAGACACAACUGAGCCAUGAUUUUGAAAACCUGCUGAGUAAUGGUUUAUUUUCUGAUGUCACAAUGAAAUCUGCAGAAGGAAAUGAGUAUAAAGUACAUAAAGCUGUAUUAGCUAGUCGUAGUGUUGUACUGAAAGCACAUUUUGAGCACAAUACUAUAGAAUGUCACACCAAUAUAGUUGAAUCUCCUCUUGAAGCUGAAGUUUUGAUAGAAGUAUUGACAUUUAUUUAUAGUGAUAAAGCCCCAAGAGUUGAUGAAAUACCUGAACGGUUAUUGGCUGCUGCUGAUUUCUAUCAACUGAGUAGAUUAAAAAGCUUGUGCGAAGAAGCCUUGCACAAAAGAUUGACUGUGGAAAGUGCAAUAGAAACCCUACAACUUGCAGACUUGCACUCUGCUAAAAUACUCAAGCAAUUGACUCUUGAAUUCAUUAAAGAUGGCCAAGCCAAAUUGAUUACUAAAACAGUGGGAUGGGCUAAAGUGAAAUCUGUAGAUCUGAUCAAAACAAUCUAUGAAUACAUUAUGACUGAUGAUAUUGAAGCUGACAUUAAAUAGCAUUUUGUUUACUUAACACCUCCUGAUUUGCAUAGUACUUUAUUGUGCAAGCAAAAAUAUAUACACGAGAAGUGACUUAUAUAAAAACAAUGAUAAACUUAGUGGUAGAAAGAAGCUGACAUUAAAUAGCAUUUUGUUUACUUAACACCUCCUGAUUUGCAUAGUACUUUAUUGUGCAAGCAAAAAUAUAUACAUGAGAAGUGACUUAUAUAAAAACAAUGAUAAACUUAGUGGUAGAAAGUGCAAACUGAUUUUAUUUGCAUAAUUGUAAAAUUUGAUCCAUUUUCUUGGAAAGUUAUGUAGAAGAACACUUUGAGCUAAAUUACUGAAAUGCAAAAACAGUGAUUAUUUUAAAUGGAGUGUAUGUAAAAACAAAUGAAAGGCUCGCUGAGCUUGCUCCAUAAUGUAGAUCUGGGUUAAUAAGAGCCUUGUGCAUAUCUGCUAGUAGCUUAGUAUUAUUGUACUUAAUAAUAAAUUUUAAUUGAUUAUCUAACUUUAUUUUUAAGACCAUAGGCCUUCUUGGCAUUAAUCUUUAGUACAAUAUGUCUUGCUUUGACUUACAAUAUGCUGUAUGGAGUUUAAAAUUAAGAUGAGAUUGCUUAAAUAACAGCUGUACUAAAAGAGUUACUGUUAAUUGAAUAUAAAAAAGGUGGUACUGAGUGAAAAUUCACUUUCUAUAUACUCUUAAUAUAAGCACUAUUUUGCAUCAUUUUAUACAUCUGAAUAUGCCAUAGAUCAUGUUUAUUUAUCCACCAACAAAAAAUAAGCAAAUUGCUGAUGCUUAGUCUACUUAAUUUACAGUAAUAAUCGUUAAAGUAGUAUAGGUAUAAAAAAAGAUGAUAAUUUAUUUUAAGAAAUAUAAUUUAUGAAAUUUA